ACUCAUCAAUCAGUGUUAGAUUUUGUUUUGUUUUUGUUUUUUUCUGACGGUAAACUAACAUAGAUCAACAACAUGCUCAGACGGAUACUGCAAAUGACUCCUGGGAAGGGGGGGGCACAGAACUCAGAAGCAGAGCAGCCCUCUGCUGAUAUGAACAGUGAGACAUCAGAGGGCUUUAUUUGUCCACAGUGUAUGAAGUCUCACAACUCGGCCGAGGAGCUGUUUAAACAUUAUGAAGUGUACCACGAGAGCGCCGAUCAGCCGUCUCAUCUCGGCCCUGGCCGGGAAGACCUAGCCCUCUUAAGACAGGAAGUUCAGGAUUUGCAGGCAUCACUGAAGGAGGAGCGAUGGUUUUCUGGGGAACUGAAGAAAGAGCUUGACAAAGUUCAAGGACAGCUUAAGCAAGGUCCACACAGUGAUGGUCAAGUAGAUGAAUCAGAGUUGGAGAUGAAGCUUCAUGAAGCUGAGACAGAAAAAUUUAACAUUAAGCAAAUGAAGGACUUGUUUGAGCAAAAAGCUGCCCAGCUAGCCACUGAGAUUGUAGAUAUCAAAUCCCGUUAUGAUGAGGAGAAAAGCCUGAGAGAGGCUGCGGAGCAGAGAGUCUCCAGUCUGAACGAGGACCUGCAGAGAGAGAGACAGGAGAAAGAAAAACUCGCCACGGAGCUGCUCCAGAGGCCUGGGGUUGAAGACGUUGAGGUAUUGAAGAAGGAGCUAGUGCAGGUCCAGACUCUAAUGGACAGCAUGACUCGCGAGAGAGAAGAGGAGUCAGAGCGCCUCAAGAGUCAAUACGAACAACUGCAGGCUAACUUUACUAGCUCAGAGACAACAAUCUCCCAGUUGAAGGCAGAACUGGAGAAAGGCCCGCAGGAGGCAGCAGUGUACACCCAACAGAUUCAUCAACUGCAGAGCAACCUUAACAACCUGCAGCAACAGAGUCAGUUGUUGUCCGAGAAGCUGGGUCGUAAAGAGAAGGAGAACCAGGAUUUGGAGGAGCGCCUGGAUUCGGAGCAAGCUGCUAAAAAAGCCCUUCAGACAAGCUUGCACCAGCGGGAGCUGGAGCUGCAGGAGAUCCAGGCCAAGGCCACGGCGGCAGAUGCCUCUUUGGGCCGGACCCAGGCUGAGCUGGGGGAGCGUGGGGAAGAGGUGGCGCGGCUCCGGGGGGAGUUGAGCGAGCUGGAGGCGAAGCUGCAGGAGCUGAAGGCGGAGAGGAAACAGCUCCAACAGCAGAGAGAGGAGAGAGAGAGCCAGGGGCUGCAGCAACAGAGUGAGAUCAGCCAGCUCCAUGCCAAGCUGUUGGAGGCAGAGAGGCAGCUGGGAGAACUGCAGGGCAGGCUGAAGGAACAGAGACAGCUCUCAGGAGAGAAACUCAAAGACAGAGAGCAACAGGCAGCAGACCUGCAACUCAAACUCUCCCGUCUGGAGGAACAGUUGAAGGAGAGCACCAGUAAGUCGACCGAUCUGCAGCAUCAGUUAGAGAAAGCCAAACAGCAGCAUCAGGAGAUACAGACAUUACAACAGACCACCAACGGCAAACUGAGAGAAGCCCAGAACGACUUGGAGCAGGUGCUGCGUCAGAUCGGCGAUAAGGACCAGAAGAUCCAGAACCUGGAGGCCUUGCUGCAGAAGAGUAAAGACAGUGUGAGUCAGCUGGAGGCAGAGAGAGAGGACCUGUGUGCCAAAAUCCAGGCAGGAGAGGGAGAGGCAGCCGUACUCAACCAGCUCCAGGAGAAGAACCACUCGCUGCAGGAGCAGAUUGCACAGUUGACAGAGAAGCUAAAGAACCAAUCAGAGAGCCAUAAACAGGCCCAGGACAACCUGCAUGAGCAGGUGCAGGAGCAGAAGACUCAUCUGCGUUCAGCGCAAGACCGCUGCCAGACUCUAGAGGGCACCAUCGCUGAGCUUAACACCCAGCUCACUGAGAGCAAGGAGAAAGUGGCCCAGCUUGAUACUCAGCUGAAAGCUAAGACGGAGAUGCUGCUGUCUGCGGAGGCAGCCAAGAAUGCUCAGAGGGCAGAUCUACAGAACCACCUAGAGACAGCCCAGCAUGCACUGCAGGACAAACAACAAGAGCUGAGUAAGAGUCAGGCCCAGCUGGAGGAGCAGGGUCGCAGGCUGCAGGACAAACUGGAGCAGUGUGCCCAGCUGGAGAACAGUCUCAAAGAGAGCAAAGACAAACUACUGAGCUGCGAGCAGAGGAUGGAACACCUGGAGAGUCAGGCCAAAAAAACGGAGACAGAGCUGAUGGAAAUGCGUUCUGGGAAGGAUCAAGCCCAGAAGGAGCAGCAGAAGCUUCAGGCACAGAUCACUGAGCAGGAAAAGAAAAUAAAAGAACUCAGCCAUUUACUGGACAAAGAGAAACAGGGAGUGGCCACAUUGCAGGAGGAAUUGAAGAAGAAAGCAUCAGCUCUGAAGGACACGCAGCAGCAGCUGAAGAAGAUCCAACAGGAGAAGACAGGCCUGCAGGGGAACCUGGACAAGCUGACCCAGGAAAGGCAGAGUCAGCAGGCAGAGCUAGACAAGAAAGUCCAAGGCUUGACCACGGAGCUCCAAAAAGUCCAGCAGGAGAAAGAGACCCAGGCCAAAGAGCUGGCCGCUGUGAAAGAGAAUCUGGGUAAAGCCUCCAAAGCCCUAAAGGAGGGCCAGACCCAGCUGGAGAAGGAGAAGAAGAGCAACAAGGCAGCCUUGGAGGAAAAGGAGAAGUCUCAUCAGAAGAUCCAGCAGGAACUGAAGAAGACUGCUGAAGCCACAGCUAAAGAGCUUAGUGAGGUCAAAGGUCAACUGGAGAAGAUGACUGAGGCAGAGAAGGGGCUCAAAUCCCAGCUGACUGCGUUGACUGCGCAGCUGACGCAGACCCAGGAGGCUCUUAAAGAGAAGGAAAAGGGGACGGAGCAACUGCGGGCACAGUUAAAGACAGCACAGGGGUCCUUCAGCCAGGAAAAGAAGAAACUGGAGACUCAAGUGUCUGAACUGCAGGCUUCUCACACCAAGAAGACAGAGGAGGAGACCAAGCUGAAGGAGCGGAUAGCAGAGCUGUCAAAAGAGCUGAGUUCAGAGCAGAGCCGCAGCGCAGAGCUGCAGAAGAGCCUGGAGGGCACAAAGGAAAGCCUGGCUAAACUACAGUCAGACUAUUACGGCAAAGAGUCCGAAGUCUCGGCCAUACGCCAAGACCUCAAGGUUUGCGAGGAGAAACUGGCUCUGGCCCAAGAGGAGCUGGUGACCAAGCGAAACCUACUGACCAACCACGAGACUGAGAUCCAGGAGCUGAAGGCAAAACGCACAUCCCUGGAGCAAGAAGUUCACGGGCGAGAGGAAAAGCUUCGUCAGCAGGAGGAGGCCAUGAAAAAGCUCCAGAAACAGCAGGAGCUGACUCAGGAGGAUCUGAAGAAGGAGAGGAGUCAGAUCGAGGAGCUUAAGGGGGUUAGAGACUCUUUGGAGAAAGACAGGAGUCGACUGACCGCUGAACUGAAAGCUCUGGGAGAGAAGACUGAAAAAGAGCUGAAGGAGCUGCAGGCAGCGAAGCAGCUGUUGAUUCAGCAGAAACUGGAGAUUCAGGGACGAGUGGAGGCAGCCCAGUCCGCCCUGGAGCAGGAACAGAAAGAUCACCAGAAGACACGAGAAUCCAUCACUCACACCGAGCAGAAACUCAGAGCAGAGACGGAGAAAGUCCAACAGCAACUGGCUUUGGAGGUGAAGGCUAAAGAAGAAUUGGAGAAGAAAAGGGAAGAAAGCGAGACCAUGCUGAACAUGCAGGUGACGGCCCUGAACGAGAACGUGGCCACGCUGAAGCGGGAAUGGCAGGGAAGCCAGCGGCGGGUGGGAGAGCUGGAGAAACAGACGGAUGAGCUGAGAGGAGAGAUAGCCGUCCUGGAAGCCACGGUUCAGAACAACCAGGACGAGAGGCGUGCGCUGCUGGAGAGGUGUGUGAAAGGGGAGGGUGAAAUAGAGAAGCUACAGGCUAAAGUAGUGGAGAUGCGGCGGAAGCUAGACGACACAACAGCGGCCAUGCAGGAGCUGGGCAGAGAGAACCAGUCUCUACAGAUUAAACAAUCACAGACCCUCACACGGAAGUGGGCAGAGGAUCACGAAGUACAGAACUGCAUGUCGUGUGGAAAGGGUUUCUCUGUCACUGUCAGAAAGCACCACUGCAGACACUGCGGCAACAUCUUCUGCGCGGAAUGCUCGGCCCGUAGUGCGCUCACGCCGUCUUCCAAGAAACCCGUGCGCGUGUGUGACACCUGCUUCGACGAGCUUCAGGGCUGACACCUGUUAGUCCGCCUCCUCCUCCUCCUCCUCCUUCUCCUCCCUCUCCUCCACCUCCCCCCAGUCCUCCGUGCUCCCUUCUUUUCUACCUGCGCUCAUUCUGAUCCGUCAGACGCGGAGAGAAGAUCCAAACCUGACUUCGCUGUAAGGGGCCGGGUUUGACCCGAGGUUCGAUGGAGGGUCGGUGGGGGGGGCAGGACAACAGGGACCGCUGUAGGACGCUCUGGUUUUUUGGGCCGCCGUGCCGGUCUCGCCUGAUCGGCUGGGCCAGAGCGGCACCUCAUCCAGAGGAACCCCCCUCGUGUGCAGCAGUGCCUUUGCAGCUCCAGAGGUGGCAUAAACCCGGGCAGGGUCUAAAAGGAACAGACUGGCACAGCAGAGACCCUCUGUAUAUACACAUAUAGUUUAUGCCAUGAUAGAUAUGAAAUUUUAUACGGGGGCUUUUAAGGGUGAAGUUGAUCGUUGAGAGAAUGCAGCUGGACUCAUUGUUGUUUUAGUUUUAGUUUUUUUUUUUAAAGGAGCUGGCCAGAACCAAAGACAGUGUCUGAGAAGUGUCAAAGGCCCACAGUCUCUUUAUGGUUUUGAGGAGGUAGAGGCGAAACCUAAUUUCUGAAGCCUUUUUGUUUUUGUUUUUGUUUUUUUCUUGGUGAACUUGAGUUCAUUUAUCUAGAGUAGUUAGUUCUUCUGAAACUUUCUGAAACAGCCUGUUUUUGAAGGUUUCAGAGGUUUGACUUUGCUUUGGCUCAUCCAGGCCUGUAAAAUGAGUUUGAAAUCUGAAAAUCACUUCUCCAGUGCUGCUCAUCCUUUCAUUCAGAGGAAACACUUCAUUUUUUUUUUUUUCAUUUUGUAUUUUUAUUUUAGAUUCGUUUCUUUUACUAAGAAAUCAAUGCUUUAUUCACAGAAUAUGCAGGCCUAUAAAAUAAGUGCAAAACCUUUUUUUUUUUUUUGGUUGUUGUUUAAUUUUCAUUGUUCAUUGCACAGAAUCAUAUGAACUACAAACAUUUGGUUUGUUUGUGUGAGUGUGUGUGAGUGUGUGUGUGUGUGUGUGGAG